AUGGUACCCGAAAAUGCAUCACUUGAAGGCCUCCCGGAUGAGCUUCUCUUGGAGGUUCUGGUUCACCUCAGCACCAUCCGCUCCUUUGAAACGCAAUCAACAAUUGUUGACAAGAGUGAGGAGAGGGCACGUCAACGGGAAAAUCGUCUACGUCAGCUAUCACUGUUCAACCUUUGCCGCACCUCUCGCCAUCUAAAUCGUCUUGCUAUUCCUGCUCUCUAUACCGCAUUUACGGGAUUCUCGACGUGGGUUGGCCUCCGUUCUCUUAGAAGCUUCCAUGAUGAAAUAACAGCACCAAGGGGCUCCCCUGGUAAAGUCUUCACAUACGCUAGCCAUCUCCAGUAUGUAGAAAACCGAUUCACAGACGACCAAGGCAACAAUCUUUUCGCAAACCUGAACGAUCCUGGCGAGUUAUACGUGAUAAAGAAAUAUCUUUCUUUACUAGCUGGUGUCAUCAAUUCUGCCCCGAACUUACAGCACAUCAAUGUGACCAGCACCGAGACUCACACAGUCUCUUUUUGGAAACAUGUCAUAGAUGAGAAGCACUUAGGGGCUCCCCGCUUCACAUUACUUGCUGGCCACGGUCUUAGUCAGCUAGAGACCUUAUGUAUCGAGACUAAUUUCGAUGAAUAUGAUGAUGCGGAAGCCACAGAAUCACUUUUUGACAGUAUUUGUUCAGCAAUGGCAUCUGUUCCGUCGCUUUCUGAUAUUCGAGCUACCGGGGUUAUGGCGACUGGAUGCAUUGCACCAAAGAUGAUGGAUUUUGGCUAG